CCGCGCCCCGCCCGGAUGCCGCCGCAGCCGCUUCCGCUUCCGGCCCCGCCCCUUCCCGCGCCGUUUCCCGCCGCUACGGCCGCUCGCGCCGCGCCGGUGAGGUCCAUGGCGGCGGCGGCCACGGAGUGCGGCGGGGCGAGCGGGGCCGCGGAGCGCGUCCGGCUGAUGCUGCAGCUGCUGGGCUCCAGGCUGGUGUUCGACAACAGGGACAUGGCUGCCCCUAAGAUCUACGUCCUGCAGCCCUGGAUCACCAACCUGCUGCUCAACUACGAGCAGGAUGCUACCUGUCAGACCCUCCUGGCCGGGCAGAUCCUGCAGGUUCUGAGAGACUCAGCCACUCCGGAGCACCCUGAGGUCCUCCAAGAUGCCAUCCUGCAGGUCUCAGAUGGCUCCUUCCACAUCCGUGUGGUCCUGACAUGCAAAGCUCUGCAGGGAGAGGAAGGAAGACAGAGGAAGCUGAACCUGCCCAACCUGGUCUGCAGAAUCAUCGUGCUGCAGAAGUACACAGUGUGCUUCCAGAAGGAGGUCAGGCUGGAGGACUGCCAGUUCUACCUCACCGUGCACAAGUUCAUUGUGCUGCCCAUGGAGAGGCAGAGGAUGGAGUCGUCUGAUGGGAACCAGGAGCCCUCCGUGCUGCAGAAGAUCAGGGAGCUGUGGCUGAAGGAUCUUGCUGAGGAGAACAGUCCCAGUGCAGAGCCGUGCCUCUCACAGCUGCUCGCUGCCAUAGGCCAGAGCCAGCUGGCAGUGCUGAAGGAGUGUGCUGAGCAGUGUCUGGAUUUUGGGGUGCCCGCGGCCGGGGAGGACCAGAGUGCCAGCAGCCGGUGGGAGGCAGAGCGCAAGGAGCAGCAGGGGGAACGCUUCCUGGUGCCAGCCAGCAUCCUGCUCGUGCCCUGCGAGGAGGUCGCCCACGCUCCCGAGGCAGGCACAAGUCAAGCACCCGGGCAGAGGGACGGUACCAGCGCAGUGCCCGACGAGCAGGCUGCGGAGUCGCAGGGCAGCUCUGAUGACUCGACAGUGCUGUCAGACACCAUGGUGGAGUGCCCGGACAACCCCUGGAACAGGAACCCCCCAAUGUCUUUGACCCUGAACUCCUCGGAUGAUAAGAGCUCCCAGCCGGCCCUGUCCCCAAAGAGCCAGCAAGAUGUGGAUGCUGACAGCAACACCCCCGACCUGCUGGAGCCUUGCAGCCAGCACUCUGCUGAGGACUCGCUCCUUGGGGAGCUGCAGCUCAGCUCCUCUCCCUCCGUGCUCUGCUCCGAUAGCGGCGCCAGCCCGCAGGAUGUGCCAGCUGCAGAGGCUGCCAGCGGUGAUGCGCCCAGCCCCGUCGCCUGCCCGCGGUCGCCGGGCAGCCCUCAGCCUUCCCCCGUGCUGCCCAGCAGCUGCCCGCAGCCGCCGCCCGACGGCGCUGCCCAGUGUGAGCCGGCAGACUCCAGCGGCGCCGCUUUGCUGCCAGACUCCCCCCAGCAUCGCCCGGCCUGUGCCAGCGCCCACGGUGGGGCUGCUCCGGGUGCCAAGAGGAAGCUGCUGGCCGAUGGUCAGGAGCCGCAGCACUCCCAGGGCAGCCCCAGGGGCAAAUGGAGAGACAUUGGAGGGAGGCUGGAGGCUGUGGGGAGCCAGCAGGGCAAGAAGAGCAGGAGAGAGGAGACGGAGCUGCGGCACAGGAAGGAGCUGGAGGAGGAGGAAGAAGAAGCAUCCCCAGCUGCUGGCCCCGAUCCCAGGCCAGAGCAGCGCAGAACUCUGCAGCCGUACGUGAAGAAGCUACCCCAGUACAGCUACGAGGCGCCGAGCCCUGAGCUCUGCAGGCAGAUAAGAUCCAUCAGGAUCUCGAAGGUGAUGCUGAACUGGGCCUGCUGGAUCCUCACCGACAGGGAGACAGACUCCUGAGCCCAGCCUCGGCUCCUCCACCACUUCCAGCUUCUCUCAGGCAGUUUGGCACUGCCCAGCAGAGGCAGUUGGGGAGGCAUGAGUGGGACACCAGGACCCCUGGCCCCAAGGGGACCACUGCUUGGUUCGGGCUGGCUGCAGAGACCACCUCUGCGGGCGUGACCUGCUGAAGGCAGCUCCCUCAGCGCUGAGAGGGGAGGAAGCCUCCAUGAGGGUAUCUCCAGCAUCCCUCUGCCUCCCUGCCAAACACCUUGGCCUGGUGAAAGGGAAUCGAGAGGUGACCUGGUGACGCCACCACAUAGCAGGGGGGUGGCAGCAACGGCAGAGUCCCCUCCCCACCCCGGCGCAGCCCCUCCCUGCUCACAGCGCAGCGGUUGGGCUGUUCUCCCCGCUGGGAGCUGAGUCCGGCGCUGGUUUUGUUACCAAACAAAGGAGUCCGCAGGGGUAGGCUCGUAGAAAUGAAAAAUAAAAAUUGUGUAUUUUUAAA